UGGGCAAGAAAAGCGACCAGUGUCGAGUUGCUGGUUCCUUUUGUCGUGACCGUGACAUUUAUUGCGGGCCGAACGGAUAAAACUGGACCCCCGCAUCCCAGAACAGAUCAGUCGUCUGCCAGCGCUUCCCCCGACACUCCGUUCCGCUCCAAACAACAGGGCUACAAUGCAGCUGUUGAGCGUUUCUCUGUGCCUCUUCCUAUUCGCUUACCCAGUCUUUGGACAAACACCUCGUUCGAUUAAAACCCCUGUCGGCAGCACGUGCUACAUAAGGAACGUGCUUGCCCAUCCCAAUGACUAUCUCGAGUUCACCCCCGGCACCCAAAGCAAAGCGGUAACUUCCCUCAGGAAGGGAGGCGUCAAAGAAAUUGAUGAAGCGGGACAGUGGAGAAUUGACAAGUGGAUCGUCGGCGGCAAGACGUUCUUCGAGUUCAACAACCGGCUGGAUGACAAGUACAUUAGCCACGGGGUCAACUACGCCACCGGACAGGUGAGCAUCUUGGCGACCAGGGCCUCCUACCAGAACACCAGGGACAUGCGCAACCUGUGGGAGCUCAACCCGCCCAGGAUCAACUCGAUUGUGACGAUCAGACACGCGCGCACCGGCGGCUACAUGUACGCACCGAAAGGCGACUUGAAGAGCAGGCUCGUCCAGUUGGGCAGUAGACCCAACUCGGGCACCGAAUACAAGUGGUUCAUCACCUGCAAAUAAUCCCAGCAACGUUAAGGCCUUUUUGUAUUCAGAACUUUGAGCGUGAUGGCCUUCCCGCCAUUGAAAAGAUUAUGUCCUUUCACAAAUCGCGGUGUAAUUCACCACUUCUCAUAUAAGCAUAAUUUUAAGAGGAUAAACAAGCAAUAAAAUUCACGCUGUACCUUUUAGGAGUGUAAUUAUUUAUGCGCGCCGACGAUGUUUCCUACACACGUCUAAUACAGGUUAUGUUCUCCUGCUACCGCAAUAAAUAUUCGUUCCCAUACAAAA